UUUCACUUAAUACGACAGUACCAAAUUAUUUGUUCUGACAAAACAAGUUCAGUACAGUGAAAAUUAAAUGUUUUUCUAAGUUUUAUUUGGUUUUAGAACUGCGUUCCUUAAUGAUAACAUAUAGAUUAGUGAAAUAAGUUAAAAUAUUUGGGACAAUAUCUAUUCAGAUAUAAAUUUAUGUUCUUAUUCAGAGAAAUUUCUGUUUUCUUAACAAGCAUAUUGCUUCGAUCACCUUUGCAGAAUUAUAUCGGCAAGCCUUUCCCAGCACUGAGUCUCUGGACCACGUGGUCGCUAUGAAAGCUGGGGCGUCGCCUUCUUUUCCGCCUUCCCGACACGAAAGGGAGCCGCAUGCCGGCAUAGAUCUCACGUUUCCCCCUCCGGCUCUAGUUCCUCUCUCUAGGAACUCUUCUUCUUCUUCCUACCAAAGUCAGCUGCACUAUUCGCCUCGCCUUCCUCCCCACCAUCUCCGAUGGCCUUCCGGAGUGGCGCACUCCUCUCUGUAUGCCACGGGACGGAGGAGACCCGGCGUCCCCGAGAAAUCUCUCCCCUUUUCACACUACGAACUGAAAAAGUCUAGUAGUCUGACAUCUGGCGGAAUGCGGAUGCCCUCCACGCCCUCUGCUCCCAGUCUCAGCCACCCCAGUCCGGCUCCCGGCUCGAGGGGAACCGACGACCUGGAGGCGUCCGACAGUAUUACGGACGACGACGACACACUCUCUUCGGGCCUCAGUGGUGAAUAAAAUUCUUUUACUCUUGCAAUUUGUUUGGCAUCUUGUGAUGUAUUUUUAUUAUUUUUUUCCUUUUGCCUUUCUUUCUUUAAACUCUUGAAUUUAUUUUUUACAUUUUUCUUGUGAUCGAUAUUGUUUUUUGAGCUCAUUCCAUGUCUGAUGCGAUAGACCAUUUCAAUAUAAAAUUAAAUCCCUCGUGGAAUUCAUUUUUAUUCUGUUGUACAAUCUCUUCCCUUUAUAAUAACUAUUUUGUAUUAAUAUUUUUACGUGAAUGAUUAAUAAUUUUUUAUUUAAAACAGAAGCAAAUAAGGAUUUGAUAUGGAAUGUCUCAAUUAAAUGAAUAUCGUAAACCUUAAAGAAUUGUGCAGGAUUCCAAAUUUAAAUAAUCUUAUCUAAGAAACUGCCAGAAUACAUUAAAGUUAACUAGGGAUACACAUUCUAAAUAAUGAAUUUUGUACAACGCACCUGUUUUCUUAUGAAUUAAUUAUCCCUUUAAACAUUAUAAUAAUUUAGAUACUUUGAAAAUAAGUUGUUUGGUUAGCCAACUUAAAAUGAAAGUUAUGAAAGAAAGUUGGAAAGAGUUGCCAGUGUAAUAAAUGUAUAAGUGUGCGCGGUCAUAUAGGCAUUUGGCCAACACGCUGUUUCAUAUGUAAUGCUUUUAUACUCUUAAGUUGCUUUUGCCAGAUUUGGACUUCUGUACGUUUUUGGCCGAUGCGCAUAUGGCAAUUAGACCAAAGAUGAAAUUGGUUUUAAUUAAAUGUUUUUUAAUAACUCAUGCUCCUAACUUCACCUGCAUUUCACACAUAUUUGUAAUAAUAACAGUACUACGAGUCCCACAAGAUAGCAUUCCUUCUUCUAUGGUACACCUCCAUCGAUUAUGUCCAAAAUGUCGACGGAGUAACCAUGUCUCUUUUUCUAUUUGUUACUAUUGUGAACAAUAUUUUGGCGCAGAGAUGCAAAUCUAUGGGUAUGCACAUUCUAAUUAUAUUAUUAUAACAAUUAAUUAUUAAAUUAUUGUCAAAACAUGUAUGCAUUUGUAAGGAGAAGUCUCAGUCUUGAAAGUUAAAUAAUAAUAAAUUAAGUACAGUAGACCACCCUAUAACAUGGGUUCAUAUAAUGCGGAUUCGUAUAUCGUGGUGAAAAAAUUGCGAUUGUAUUCGUAUAAAG